UCGCUUCUUGUUUCGCGUCGACGUGACGGGACGGGUCGCGUCAAUCGACACGAUGGGGCGGCAGGGACGCAUGAAGAAGAGCAAGGUCAACGAGGCGUCCGCAUGGGAUGAGCUCAAGCCCGAAGCAGAGGCACCUCGACGUGGCGCCAAUGCCGACGAGGGCGGCAAGCGGGUGCGCUCACAGACAGAUGCCGCCAAGGCCAAACGACGCGAGCAUCGCCGUCAGCGCCGCCUCCGUAUGAAGGCUCGCGACCUGACCUGCUUUGGAUGUCGUCAGCGAGGUCAUACGCUCGAGACGUGCCCAGCGAGCCAGACAGGCAUCUGCUUCCGCUGCGGAAGCACAGAGCACACAACCGCCAAAUGCACUGUCAAGGUACCUGCAGGCCAGCCACAAUUUCCCUACGCAACAUGCUUCAUCUGCAAGGGCAAGGGUCACCUCUCGCGAGAGUGCCCAGAUAAUCCCAAGGGCCUUUAUCCAGACGGUGGUGGCUGUGGUUUCUGUGGUAGUGUCGAGCACUUUAAGCGUGACUGCCCCGAUCGCAAGACACAGGCCUCUAAAGGCAAACCCAAGCUACGCCUGCUUAUGGAAGCUGGUGGAGGUAGUGUGGACGCAGACGACAGCCUGGUUUUGGACCACGGUACGGACGACGAGUCGGAGAGCGAUGAAGAGUUGUCCAGCCGUGAUCAACGCACGACUGGUCGCCCAGCUGCCCCUGUAAACAAACGCGCCAAAACAGUCAAGUUUUAAGCCCCCUCUCCAUUCUUUUGUGUUGGAGUUGGGUUCCAGCGCGGGCCCAUGUGUGGCAGCAUCUGCCGAUCAUGCCAGCAGAGAUGAAUCGUCAGCAUUUUUAGUGGCGCUAAGCGCCUUUCCGGGAUGACGAUCGGAUUGUGCGCGGGCGGCUAUUGCGCCGCCCGCUCAGUCCGCAUGCGCUGGGCACCGCUCCCCCACCUAUCGUGUAUUGUUGUCGCUAAUUCAGCCAUCAGCAC